AAGAUAUGUCUCUCUCUUCCUCGGAUAUACCUUAUAUCUGCUCAUUGCGCCUCUAUAUAUAGGCCUCAGUUACUGCCAUAAUCAUAUGCUCCUCUUGAUUUUGCUUCUUUUUCUGACUUUUCUUUCCACCACGUUUUUGUUUCCUUUCUUUACUUUUGCUUUUGUCUUUUCAUUUCUUUAUUGUUUUCUCCAUUUGCUGUCAUUAGAACACCUCAGCCACUUCUUUCUUCAUUUCUUUAUUCCAUUUAAUUCUUUUCUUUCACCUUUCCUUUACAGUAUGUCAGCUUCUUCUAGAUUGUGUGCAUCUGCGGACACAAGCACCCACUUUGCCUUUCUUCCCUUGAUUAAUUUUAGCCACAUUUCUAACACUGGUUGCUUUUGAGAUCGAUCAGUUAUGGCGGCGACGGUGCAGCAACCAGCCUCUGCUCAAAUUGUUGGUAAUGCUUUUGCUCAACAAUACUACCGUACACUGCGCAAAUCGCCAGGGCUCGUUUAUCGAUUUUAUCAGGAUAUCAGUAUGGUUGGUCGUCCUGAGGACAAUGGUACCAUCAGUAUCACUACAACAAUGAACAAUAUCAAUGAGAAGAUACUGUCACUCAACUAUGACAAGUACAGGACGGCUAUCACAUCUGUGGAUGCACAAGAGUCUUUUGACGGGGGAGUUCAUGUCCUUGUAACUGGUUAUAUGGUGUGGACGGAUGAUUUGAUUCGGCAUUUUGCUCAAACUUUCUUCCUUGCACCACAAGAGAAAGGCUACAUUGUCUUGAAUGACAUGCUUCGAUAUGUGGAAGACAUCAAUCACCAUGAUGGAAGUCCAGGUUCAACUAACUUCCACAAAAAAAAAAAAAGAAAAAAAAAAAGAAAAAAAGUCCUGGUUCAACUAGUGAUAUGGAGGCUCCUCUCACCCCUGAGCAGGGAGAACCAAAUUUCUGAGCAAACAAUUGUUUUGGCUGAGGAAGUGAAUGGGGAAGAAGUCUACAAUUCCUCCAACCAUGGAGAAGUGUUGGCUGUGGAAGAUGAAAUGCCAGUACCCGAGGUUGUUAAUGAAGUACAGGGUGAUUCACGGAUGGUCGUUGAAUCGAACUCCAAAGUUGAAGAACUGCCACAGAAAUCUCAUGCUUCCAUUGUGAUGGUUAGGAAAGAGGGUACUGCUACUUUUUCAUCUCCUGCACCUGCUUCUCGGUGAUCUGUACCAAAGACCCAAGAGCACCAAGUGAACUCUGCAUUGCCUCCUGCGUCAGCAGCUGAGACACCAGUUUCCAGUUCAAAUGCUAUUGAGAAUGAUAGUAGUCAGGAGGGGGAAGCAACUACUUGCUUGGAUUUUGUAUCAUGGAAAAUGAGGUGGUGUUUUUGACAAGUGAAGACUGUUGUCUCGCGGGAUCUCAUUGUAAUAUUAGUUUCGUGAUAGGAUUCGUCAUUCGAGAAAAGUUGCAAUCGUUGUUUCCCUUUUAGUAGAUAUAUUUAGUGAUUUGCUUAGUUCAAGUGGUCUCAACUUCUCUUUCCAAUGGAAGGUUGAGGAUUCGACUCCCACGUGGGACAAAUUUGAGUUUUGGCAAAAUAUAGAGUUGACUAGUUUUUAUGUAAAUUAUAGAGUAGUUGUAUUGUUUCUGUCUUUGUAUGGUUAUAAUGAUAGUUUUAUGUAUUUUAUUUUGUCGGUGCUUUUUGAAUGUUUA